UUAAACAGAACAGGCAGGCAUCAGGAGCUAGCACAGACUGAAAGUACUAAUAUCAAAAGAUAUCAAAGAUAGAGUGUGUAUAGUUUCCUGGUAAAAGCUCAGACAAUGGAGAUGUCAGCUCAAUCCAAAGAUGAUGCAUAUGAAAAUACAGGCGGUAUCUACACUGGACUAAUCUUGCCUGAUAAUAAUGAAUACAGCGCAUUGAAGCCAACCUCAAAUCCUAUUCCAGAGGCACAAAAAACAGCUAAAAGCAGGCUGUGCUGUCCCCCUUACAAAGUAGCUACAGUGUGUCUGGGACUGCUAUGUGCCUUCUUAGUGAUUGUCAUCAUUAUCCUGUUUGUCUACAAGGAGCAGGUGAAACCCAAGGUCUGCCCGCCAGAGUGGAUUGGAUUCAACACCAGCUGCUACUACAUCUCCUCCAGCAGGAAGUCCUGGAACGACAGUCAGGAAUACUGUGCAGAGAGGGGGGGACACUUAGCCAUUAUACACACGCCAGAGGAACAGACGUUUCUGUUUAACCAGCUGGCCCCAGGUUACUGGAAUGCGUACUGGUUUGGGGUCAGUGAUGAAAAGGCAGAGGGUGACUGGUUCUGGGUGGACGGGACCAAACUUGUUAGAGGCUUCUGGAUAGAUGGCGAGCCCAACAACAACAAUGAUGAGGACUGUGGCUAUAUGGUGAAGACUUGCAAUGCAAGCAUACUGACCCUGGGAAGCUGGAACGAUGCACCUUGCAACAUGUCCUGCCCGUGGAUAUGUGAGGCUCCGAUCAGUUAGGUACAGGCAUUUGCGCUGGAAAAUGGGAAUGUGCCCAAGCAUUGACUUCAGAACCAGAAGACUUUAGGACAGCAGUUUUAUAGCCAAUAAAAAUGGUGCCCAUUUUGGAGCCUCAGUAGUUUCUGUGCAGGUCAGAUAGUGACAGUAAGGAGAUGUAUCUUUUGAACAAUCUGAAUACAUAUUGGGAAAUGUUAUGUAACUCUGUUUAGUGUGGGUAUAGAGAGAAUAGUAUUGCUGAUUUGCCAGUAUCUGCUACAAAUACUGUAUAUUUUUUCAAAAUGUGUUAGCAAUGGGAGCUGGACUCUGUUUUUCACUGUCUAUAAAUAACAAUGUUUCAAAAGAA